AGGAAGCUAAAGCUCUUGCAGGAAAUCCCCGUCCAGCAAAACCCUAGGCUCUUUCUAUAUAAGUACCGCGAACCCCAAAACCCUCCCUUGCGCAGCCGACGAGAAUCCUCCAUCUGCCAUCUCUUAAAGAGAUCCAUCUCUUCCCGGAACGAAAAAUGUCUGUUGGCGAACUCGCCUGCACCUACGCCUGCUUGCUUCUACAUGACGAUGGCAUUUCCAUCACGGCCGAUAAGAUAUCCGCCGUUGUGAGCGCGGCUGGUAUCGAGGUUGAGUCAUACUGGCCAGGUCUCUUCGCUAAGCUCGUGCAGAAGAGGAGUGUUGAGGAUCUCAUCUCCAAUGUUGGAUCUGGAGGUGGCGCUGCGGUUGCAGUUUCUGCCCCUGUAGCAGGUGGAGGCGGCGGUGCAGCUGCUGCAGCUGCCCCGGUCGUUGAAGAAAAGAAGGAGGAACCUAAAGAAGAAUCCGAUGAUGAUAUGGGCUUCAGUCUAUUCGACUAAAAGAUUUUUGUCGGUUUGGUCUAUUUCGGAUUUACGAGUUUACGCUGUAGUUUUUGGUAAAUUUGUGUUAGUGUCUCUUUGUUAUGAAAAUUUCUGACUAGCAUUGCAUGUCUUGAUGUUUGGAUUUGCAUCUGUUUUUUGAAUUUUUAGUGUUAUAGAAAAUUGAAUUUUGCUUUU